CAGACGACAUUGGUUCGCGCAAAAUUUAAGCCAUAUUAGUGCGGGAAUUCAAACAAAUCUGCUCAAACAGGAUUCCGGUUUUUGAAGCAGACAGACGGACUACCAACGCAAGAUGAGGUUGUCAGUUGCAAUGCUUUUCCUGGUGGGCGGGGUUUAUCUCGGCAUCAUCUUGUACGUUCCCAUGCCAACCGAUAUGGACGCUAAACUGGAGUUUUAUUGGAAGACCAUUGGAUACCGAUUUAGCAAGUCAAUUAUGUACCUAAAAUACCUGGUCCGCGGAGGUUCAACAAUUGAUUUCUCUGUCAUACAAACUAGCCUUACAGCUCUAGCUAAAAUCUAUCAGUUAGGAGCGGGUAAGACGUCACAAUCAGAGGGGUCAGAGGUCACGUUAGAUGACACGACCUUUGACGGGGUCAGGGUACUUUUCUACCAGCACACAGAGGGAAAGCAAGAGAAACGGCCUGCAUUUAUCUUUCUUCAUGGAGGCGGUCUUACUGUUGGAAGCGUUGAUAUCUAUGAGAUUGGUACCCGUGAUAUAGCAAGACAUCUUGAAGGGAUGGUUGUGAUAUCUGUCGAUUAUCGCUUGGCCCCGGAACACCCCUUCCCGGCAGCGUACGAUGACGGGGUAGCCGUUGCUAAAUGGUUGAUGAGACACGCCGACGACUACGGAGUCGACCCAACUCGCAUUGCUGUUGGAGGUGACAGUGCUGGCGGCUACCUCACGGCUGCGAUCGUCCAAGCCAUCCACGAUGACCCAACCCUUCCCGACGUCCGUCUCCAGGUGCACCUCUUCCCUUGGUUGCAGCACUUCGACUACCAGACACCUUCGUACCAAAAGAACAACCAUGUCUUCGGCGAGAAAACCUGGCUUGAAAACUCCAUCACGGGGUUUACCUUCAGCGCGUACUUCAACGGAAUCCUCAAUGACUCCCUGGUCGAGCAGAUGUCGGCGAACAACCACACUUCCGCCACCAUCAAGAAUUCCCCGCGCUUCCGCAAGACCUUCAACCACUCACUGAUCCCCAAAAGUUUCCGCGACCCUGCGUACUACGCCCCGCCCCAAUCCAGCGACUUCGGCAACGAGGCGAUCUGGAAUGACCUCAAAGAUACCGUCCUGGAUCCUCGGUUCUCGCCGAUCCUUCGCGAAGAUAUGCGGGGACUGCCGAAAGCCUACAUCGUCACCUGCGGCUAUGAUCCCUUGCGCGACGACGGCAUAUUCUACUAUCAUCGUCUAAAAGAUGAUGGUGUCGAUGUGGAAUGGGUUAACUAUGAUAUUGCCUUUCACGGCUUGGAUUGGUAUUAUCCAAUAUAUUCAGAAACUGGAAAGCAGUUGCAGGAAGGAUUCAUAAAUUUCAUCAGAAUCAACAUUUGAUUUAUGUUCCUGCGUUUUAAUCUGAAAUAAUUACUGAUUGAUUAUACUUUCUUUCUCAAGUGCAAUUAAUUUCGUAUUGGAAUGCAGUCAGUCUUCGUCAAACCUAAAUCAUACAUGCGACAGACGAGUUAUGCGUCUAUCUACAUAUUAAACAAAACUUGACAAAUUUUAUUUAUCCAAAUCAUCGUUUUUAAAUGAAUAUAUUCAUAUGCUUGUCUAGGUUGAAUUUGUUUGUAUACUGUUCGUACUGAUUGAUUCUUAAUGCCACUUUAUGUUGUUAAUCUAGCAGAAUGUGUUUAUAUAAAUACGUGAAAUUAUUAUUUUUUAUAUUUACGACGGUAUAAUUGUAUUUCUGUACAGAUUCAUCAUGGUUGUGUAGUUGUCCAGCUACUGAAGAGUUUAAAUCAAAUUGUUACAACCAUAGAAUGUUUGUUCUUACUUUGUGUUUGAAAAUAAACAG